AUGAAGGAUCAAGAUUAUGACGACAAAAAAGGUCUGACGGACAAGACUCAAGAGUCACUUAGCGCACUUGAUAGCGUAGACAAACAGCUUAAUAAUAAGUUACAUCCUCACGUUAGCUUACUGCAUAAUGCUGUUGAGACAUUCCGUGUUAAUGCUGCGUCAGACCAUGAGGGUCUUAGGGCGGCUUGCCACAAAAUUGAUGAUCAACUUACGGAGGUUAGAACAAGGUGA